UCUUGUUUCAUUUUAUUAAAAUGCUUUAACAUUUUAGCCUGAACUGAAAACUGAAGGACAUGUAUGUGUUGAUUCAUCUCCAAAGAAAGGAAUGAUUGCGAGAUUAUUUCAGUGGCUGUCACAGAAGUACCAGUAUACUUUAGAUUGCUGGACUCCUUAUGUUGUUUCAAGAUGGACUGCUACAGUUAUUCUACUUUUAUUAUAUUUACUUAGAGUAUUUUACUUAAAGGGGUGGUACAUAAUCACUUAUGCUUUAGGAAUAUACCAUCUGAGUUUAUUUAUUGCAUUCCUGUCUCCCAAAAUUGAUCCUGCUACUCAUGAAGAUUUUGAUGAUGGUCCAGAAUUACCUACUACUAUAAAUGAGGAGUUUAGACCAUUCAUUCGAAGAUUACCAGAAUUUAAAUUUUGGUAUUCAGCUACAUGGGCAAUUUUUGUUGCAACAUUUUGUACCUUUUUUGACUUUUUCAAUAUACCUGUUUUUUGGCCUAUUUUGUUGUUGUAUUUCAUACUUUUGUUCUGUGUGACAAUGAAGAGACAGAUUAAGCACAUGAUUAAAUAUCGGUAUUUGCCUUGGACAACUGGCAAAGCUACUUAUAAAGGAAAAGAAGACACUGGAAAAAUAGUUACUACGUGAUGUGGAAAACAGUAUCGUUUCACAUUUAAUGAUUUUUUGAUCUGCAGAUUUCCUGAAAUAAAAAUUGCAUAUGAAGAGUGAGGUUACAUGUUUUUGGGAAUGAUGAAAAUGAAUAAUAAUACAGUGCAAAUUGUUAUAAAAUUUGAAAUUUAUGAAUUUUACAAAGUGGGGAACUAUGUUUUUUUAUGUCAAAGUAUUGACAGUGUUUUAAAUUUAAAAUGUAUGAUUGCAUUUGAACAGUGUUAAGAAAGUUCCAAAUUCGAAUGUUUGUUUAGAAUCAAAUCUGAAAUAUUAAUGCAGUAUCAAAACUAAAAUUUUUAUCUGAAUUUCACUUUUGUUAUUUUAAAUAAUGCACAAUUUUAUGUGUCAUGUAACUUCAGACUUGAGCUGCACUUCUUAUUUAGGUUUUUAAGACACAAAGUUAGGAUAUAUCUUAAAUUCAAAACAAAUAUUUUUAUUUAUUUAUUUUCUCAACUUCAUCUUUUUUUUUUUUUUUAAAUACCUUGGAAAUUCUUGGAGAUCCUCGGCAAUUCUUGAAAAGAUAGCCCUGAAGAAAUUAUCAAAAAAAUCUUUUUCUCCUUCCCCUUUUUUAGAUAUUGUAUUAUUAAUGAUUAAAGUGGCACUGAAGGUGAUAUGCUCUGGUGCACUAGUGAAGAUGAGAAUUAAGUUCUGAAAGUGAAGGUGCUGACAAUAUAUGUGAAGAAGAUAGUAAAUAAAUUAAGUAGUUUGUUUUGUUUAUGUUGGUACAUAAACAAAAUAAAAUCAUACCUGUUUUUUAUUAUUUUUCCAGUUUUCCAAUUUUGAACUUCUAUUAUUCUUAAAUUCCAAGCCAACUAAUUUUAUUAAUUUUUACAAUUUUCCAAUUUUAAGAAUCUAAUGAAACUUAAAUUUGAACUAACACUGUAGAUAAUUGUCAGAAUCAUAAAGUAAUAUAAGUAGUUCUGUACUAAUUUAUGGCUGCCUGUUGUAAAGAAAAAGUAUUUAAUGAAUUAAAUUUUUAUAAAAAUAAAUGCAAAUGUCUUUCUGAAUUAAUAAUCUUUUUUUAAAAGCAAAGGUUAGGUUUUUAACUCAGGAAAUUUAUAUUGAAACUAUUUUAAAAUAAAGAAAUAAAAUUAUUUUAUAAUGAAUUUAUCAGUUUUAAAAAAAUGUAUGAAUUACAAUCUUGCAAACAUGCAUUUCAGAAUUUUGAUGAAGUUUUAAAGGUUUUCAACUAAUUUAUUAAAAAAAGAACUUCUGUAAAUAUGUUUUCAUGGUUUUGUUAAUUUUAACAUAAAUGAAUUACUUUUAAUAUUUUAUGAUAAAAAUAUGCAUUGUGUUUUCUUUCUUGGAAGGUUUUGUAAUGCAGCACAAUGUGUGGCUAUUCUAGUGCUGUUUCUUGUUAUUUAAUAAUGCACAGUUAUUUAACAUUUGUCUCAUUAUGUGUGUAUUUAUACUUUAAAUUAUUGUAUGUAUAUUGUGAACAAGUUGUUUUGAUAUUUACAAAAUUACAAUUACAUCAAAAAUAAUAUAGAGUUACUUUUUAGUUAGUUAAAAGAAAGAGAAAAUGUAUCUAAAAGAGCAAUUAUAAUUUCCAGCAUUAGCAUGCUUGAAAAUUUGUUACUACAAAGUAAUCUGUUAAUGUAAUGAAGUAUGUUUUAUUAGAGUCCUUUGGAGUUUUUAUCAUUAAAGGAAAUUGGUAACCUUGCUUCUGUAAA